GGUGGUGUUGAUAUGAGCGAGAUGCAGCAUAUGCUUAUAUCUUCAUCGCACUUUCUCUAUGUCUCUCUUCCAGUGCUCAUCGCCGUUCUUCCGCAAACACCACUGAACACACUCCUCGCACCUCCUACGCCGGCUCUCCAACCAUCGGCACCCAUAACCCUCGGAUUUCCAGUACUCAAGAUUAUGAGGCAAGUAAGCAGGACUCCUACUAUCGCACAUCCGAACCCCACGCAAAACCGGUGAACCGCGCUACCGUACCCGCCCCCAUAAGGCUGCCCUCCACACGAACACGAACACGAACCUCGCUACGGCUGAGGCUGAAGUCGGCCCGUCUUCAGCUGUGUAAUUUGCGGGCCAAAAACCUUAAUGUUUGAAGAGGACAGGACGCCUGAUUCGACGCCUCCAAUGACGCGACGCGACGCGCUAGUCCGGAGUUCCGUACAAAGUUUACAAACAAACGCUGCCCG